AUGAACAAUGACAGAACAGCCAGAGCGAGAGAGUUGGAAACAUCAGAGCAGCGGCAAGGGAGAUUAUCUGCCCACAGAGAAAUAACCGCAAGAGCGCGACAAGAAGGGACACCAGAGCAGCGACAAGCAAGAAGGUCUGCUGACAGAGAAGGCACUGCACGAGCACGACAAGAAGAGACACCAGAUCAGCGACAAGAAAGACUCAGAGGUAAGAAGAAAUCAAAACCAACAGUUGAACGAUGGAAGAGGAGAGCUUUUAACUACGACCAAUCGAUGGAUUACAGCGGACAUGCUGAUGUACAGAUUGGGACAAUGUCCAAAGAGUGUCAGUAUUGCCAUGCCCUAAAAUGGGUUGGCGAAGCACCGGGAAUGUGUUGCUCAAAUGGGAAAGUCAAUCUGCCUCUUAUCACAAACAUCCCCGAUCCGCUCAAAUCUUUGCUUCUCUUAGAGAAUCACGAUUCAAAGCAAUUUGUUAAUAACAUCAGAAAAUACAACUCUGCAUUCCAGAUGACAAGCUUUGGAUGUGCAGAAAGAGUCUGUCUACCAGGAUUUAUGCCCACCUUUAAAGUACAAGGUCAGGUCUAUCAAAGAAUUGGUGCCAUGCAACCUCAGUCAGGAGAAAACCCAGAGUUUCUGCAGAUCUAUUUUAUGGGUGAUAAACAAGAACAAGCUGAGACACGAUGCAGAGCUGUGCCUGGUGUGAAGAUUGACAUUAUUUUGUCUCUUCAGGAGAUGCUCCACAACGUAAACAACUAUGCGGCGAGCUUCAAGACUGCCCUAGAGAAGAUGGACCUACCAGAGCACCGCAUAGUUAUUCGACCAGACAAAGCUCCAAUCAUGGAACAUCCAAGACGAUUUAACGCUCCACUGACAGAUAAAGUUGCUGUUCUCAUUGUUGGCCAACAAUUCAACAAGCGUGACAUAGUCCUGCAAAAGCGCAACGACCAGCUUCAACGAGUCGCCGAAACCCACAGAUCCUACGAUGCGCUUCAGUACCCGCUACUCUUCUGUCGCGGCGAAGAUGGAUAUAAUUUCGAACUGCGUGAAGUUGACGCAAAAACAGAUUUGCCUACCAACAAGAAAGUAUCCGCUAUGAACUUCUACGCCUACAGAAUCAUGGUGAGGACCAACAAUUUUAACCACCUACUUAGAACCAAAAACCUCUUCCAUCAGUUUUUAGUCGAUAUGUACGCUAAGAUUGAGGGAGAACGUCUCCGCUGCGUACGCCACAAUCAGAGUAAAUUACGAGUCGACGGCUACAUCCACCUAAAAGAUGCUCUCGUCCAGGAUAGCCAAGAUACUAACCUUGGACGAGCAGUCAUUCUUCCAUCUUCUUUCACUGGCGGUCCCAGGUACAUGCAUGAGAAGACUCAAGAUGCAAUGACGUAUGUCAGAAAGUACGGCCGUCCUGGUCUUUUUAUAACUUUUACAUGCAACCCCUCUUGGCCGGAAAUAAAAAAUGAGCUGAUGCGAGGACAAACAGCACAGAACAGACACGACCUUCUGGCCAGAGUCUUUCACCUGAAGUUUAAAAGCUAA